AUGAAAAUAUCUCCGUUCUUUUUUCUUUCUCUCUUUCUUUCUUUCUUUCUUUCUUUUCAAUGUUUCCUUAUUCUUUUUUCUUUCUCUUUCCAGUCUUUUCCUUAUUCACAGUUCGUUCUUUCUUUCUUUCUUUCUUUCUUUCUUUCUUUCUUUCUUUCUUUCCAGUCUUUUCCUAUUCUUUUAUCUUUCUUUCUUUCUCUCUUUCUUUCUAGUCUUUUCGUAUUCUCCUUUCUUUCUUUCUUUCUUUCUUUCUUUCUUUCUUUCUUUCUUUCUUUUCAAUGUUUCCUUAUUCUUUUUUCUUUCUCUUUCCAUCAUUUCCUCAUUCACAAUUCUUUCUUUCUUUCUUUCUUACUUUCUUUCUUUCUUUCUUUCUUUCAAGUCCUUUCCUUAUUCUUUCUUUAUUUCCUGAUUAACCCCCUCUCCACUCAUUAUUUAUUUCCUUCCUUCCUUCCUUCCUUCCUUCCUUCCUUCCUUUCUUUUCAGUUUCUUUCUUUCUUUCUUUCUUUCUUUCUUUCUUUCUUUCUUUCUUUUCAGUGUUUUCCUUAUUUUUUCUUUCUUGUUUCUUUCUCUUUGCAGUCAUUUCCCCAUUCACAAUUCUUUCUUUCUUUCUUUCUUUCUUUCUUUCUUUCUUUCUUUCCAGUCCUUUUCUUAUUCUUUCUUUAUUUCCUGAUUAACCCCCUCUCCAAUCAUUAUUUAUUUCCUUCCUUCCUUCUAUUUUUAACUUUUCAUUUCUUUGUUUCAUUCGUUUCAUUUGUUUUCACACUUAAUUUUUCCUUUCAUUACUUUUUUCUUAUCUGCGCUUUUCAUUCAUUCGUGCUUUUUUAUUCUUUUGUUUUCACUUUCACCCUAUUUUUUGUCUUUCCUUUUCCUUCCCCUCUAGGUUCGCCAUCGAAAUUAGCACUUCCACCUUUGCCCCAUUCUUCCCCCAAACCAAGCGCCAAUCCUCUUUUCUUUUUUCCUGCAUCGAUGCAACCAAUAGAAUUCAUCCGUGUUCCAAAAUUGACUUCAUUGUAUUCCUUACUCCCCCUCUUUACUUGCUGCACGUCCUUCCUUUCCACCUCGCUUAUCACCAACAUUCUCCUCUUCAAAGACAAGCAGAAAACUUAUUGGCUGAUCUUUUCUUCUUCUUUCUUUUUUUUUUUUAUUUAG